AUGGCUACCCCCAGUGUCCUUACCUUUGAUGUUGAGGGUCGUGCUGUUGACUUUGAGGUCUGGGUCGAUGACCUCCCGCUGUUCCUAAAGUGCGAUAGGGCAGACGGACUCUCUCAGUUCGAUCUCACCUCUGGUGUCUCUCCUGCCCCGCCUACUGAUCCUGACAGCACUGUUUCCUCACAGUGGGCCACACGCGAUGCUGCUGCCCGUCUUGAUGUGCGUCGCCACUUACCAACCACUGAGCGUGCGCAAAGUCAGUACAAGAGUGCUAAGACCUUAGUCACCGUUGACCUCCUCGAGGAGCGCCUCCUAGCAGCAGAGAAGAGCAUAGUCGCUAUAGGAGCCUCUCGUGGUGACCCUCGCACCCCCGUCUUUGAGGGGUGUUCCCCCUCCCCCCUCUUGCCCUCUGUUGCCUCUACUGCUGCGGCGGACCUCGUUGGCUUCGAGUCGGUCGACGCUGCGUCUGCCCCUAGUGGGAGACGCCGCACCGGCAAGGGCAAGGGGGGCAAGGGCGCUGGAGGGGCUGGCGGGGGCGGUGGCGGUGGUGGUGGAGGUAGUGGAGGGGGUGGGGGUGGUGGUGGGAGUGGUGGCGGGGGUGGAGGUGUUGGUGGCAGCAGUGGAGGCGGAGGAGGCGGCAGCGGUGGCGGGGGGAGCGGAGGCGGCGGAGGUGGCGGAGGUGGCGGAGGCGGCGGCGACGGCAGCGGUGGGGCUGGUCGCGGCUCUGCGCAGAGGAGUGGAUAG